CCCCUUUUCCCUCUUUAUUUUUGCUUGAACCCUCCAUUCAUUCCCAUGAUCGUGUUCAUCAUCAGAGCGUAGCUAUAUUAACUAUAUUUGAUAGGAAAAAGAAAAAAAAAAAAUGAGUACGGUUGAUAAGAUGCUUAUAAAAGGAAUCCGGAGUUUCGACCCGGAAAACAAGAACGUCAUCACCUUCUUCAAGCCUUUAACUCUGAUUGUUGGCCCCAAUGGCGCUGGCAAAACAACCAUUAUUGAGUGCUUGAAGCUUUCUUGCACUGGAGAGUUGCCUCCCAAUGCAAGGUCUGGCCACAGUUUUAUUCAUGAUCCCAAGGUUGCCGGGGAAACAGAGACAAAAGGGCAAAUUAAGCUCCGUUUUAAGACAGCCGCAGGGAAGGAUGUGGUUUGCAUAAGGUCAUUCCAACUGACACAAAAAGCAUCUAAGAUGGAGUACAAGGCAAUUGAGAGUGUGCUUCAAACAAUAAAUCCUCAUACCGGGGAGAAAGUUUGCCUUAGUUAUAGAUGUGCAGACAUGGAUCGGGAAAUACCAGCUCUAAUGGGUGUUUCAAAGGCCAUUCUUGAAAAUGUUAUAUUUGUACACCAAGACGAAUCCAAUUGGCCAUUGCAAGAUCCCUCAACAUUGAAAAAGAAGUUUGAUGAUAUCUUUUCUGCAACCCGGUAUACAAAGGCUUUGGAGGUCAUUAAAAAACUUCACAAGGAUCAGAAUCAAGAGAUAAAGACUUAUAAGCUGAAACUGGAGAAUCUUCAGACUUUGAAGGAUGCUGCAUAUAAGCUUCGUGAAAGUAUUUCUCAAGAUCAAGAGAAAACAGAAUCCUUGAAAAGUCAAAUGCAGGAGCUCGAAAGAAACAUCCAAGAUGUGGAUGCUAAAAUUCAUCAUACUGAAACAACACUGAAAGAUUUGCGGAAACUACAGGACCAGAUAUCAACCAAAACAGCGCAAAGGAGCACUUUGUUUAAGGAGCAACAGAAGCAGUAUGCAGCUCUUGAUGCGGAAAAUGAAGAUACUGAUGAAGAAUUGAGGGAAUGGAAAACCAAGUUUGAAGAAAGAAUAGCAAUUUUAGAGAAUAAAAUUAGCAAACUGGAGAGGGAAAUGAAUGACAAGGAAACAGAAAGCUCUUUCCUAAAGCAGAGUAUAAAUGAUUACAUAUGGGAGAUUGGCAAGCUUCAGACGGAAGCUGAAGUUCAUAUGUCCUUGAAGAACGAAAGGGACUCCACCAUUCAGAAACUAUUUGCGAGAUAUAAUUUAGGGUCUCUUCCAGAUGCGCCAUUCAGCAAUGAAGCUUCUUUGAACCUCACAAAUCGAAUAAAAUCAAGGUUAAUGGAUCUUGAGAAGGAUUUGGAAGAUAAAAAGAAAUCAAAUGAACAAGAACUUAAGACAGCAUGGGAAAGCUACAUGGAUGCAAAUGAUCGUUGGAAGAACAUUGAGGCUCAAAAACAAGCUAAAAUGGAAAUUAAGAGUGGUAUUUUGAAACGCAUCAGGGAGAAGGAAAAUGAGCGUGAUUUAUUUGAACUUCAAAUAUCUAAUGUCAAUCUUUCUCACAUUGAUGAGAGAGAAAAUAGCAUGCGAAUUGAGGUUGAGAGAAAGACUAAUCAGCUUGCUCAAAGAGAAUUUGAAUUAAACAUACGCCAGAAGCAGAGUGAGUUAUUUGGCAUAGAGCAAAAACUCAAGGCUCUUAAUCGAGAGAAAGACAUAAUGGCUGGUGAGUCUGAGGACAGAGUGAAACUGUCUCUGAAGAAGGCAGAGUUGGAGACUCACAAGAAGAAACAUAAAAAGAUAGUUGAUGAGUACAAGGAUAAAAUCAGAGGAGUGCUUAAAGGGAGGCUUCCUCAAGACAAGGAUCUCAAAAAGGAAAUUACUCAAGCCCUAAGGGCUCUUGUAAUGGAGUUUGAUGAUUUGAGCUCAAAAUCCCGUGAAGCUGAGAAGGAAGUAAACAUGUUGCAGAUGAAAAUACAAGAAGUCAAUAAUAACCUGUCCAAACAUCGCAAGGAUGUAGACUCAAAGAAGAGAUUUAUUGAAUCCAAACUUGAGUCCAUGAGUCAGCAAUCUUUCACCAUAGAUUCUUAUCCAAAAGCCUUGGAUUCGGCUAAGGAGAAAAGAGAUGUUCAGAAAAGUAAGUACAACAUUGCAGAUGGUAUGCGGCAGAUGUUUGAUCCUUUUGAAAGAGUUGCCCGUGCUCAUCAUGUUUGCCCUUGCUGUGAGCGUCCAUUCUCCACUGAAGAGGAAGAUGACUUUGUUAAAAAGCAAAGAGUAAAAGCAGCAAGUUCAGCUGAGCACAUGAAAGUGUUGGCUGUGGAGUCCUCAAAUGCCGAUUCUUAUUUUCAGCAGUUGGACAAGUUUCGUAUGGUUUUUGAAGAAUAUCUCAAAAUUAACAAGGAAACAAUCCCUCUUGCUGAGAAAAAUCUGCAUGUGCUUACUGAAGAGCUGGAUCAGAAGUCUCUGGCUUUUGAUGAUGUGUUAGGUAUUUUAGCUCAAAUAAAGGCUGAUAAGGAAUCAGUUGAAGCCUUGUUGCAACCUGUUGAAACUGCUGACAGACUCUUCCAAGAAAUUCAAACUUGGCAAAAGCAAGUGGAUGAUUUGGAGUACAUGCUUGAUUCUCGAGGACAAGGUGUUAGAACCAUGGAGGAAAUUCAGACAGAGAUAAAUGGUUUGCAGAGCACAAAAGAUGGUUUGCAUAAUGAACUGGAGAAGUUAAGGGAUGAACAAAGGUACAUGGAAAAUGAUUUGUCAAACAUUCAAAUCAGGUGGCACACUCUGAGGGAAGAAAAAGUUAAAGCAGCUAAUACAUUGAGGGAUGUUAAAAAGGCAGAAGAAGAAUUAGAGCGUUUGGCUGAGGAAAAAAUUCAACUUGAACUUGACGAGAAGCAUUUAUUGGAGGCGCUUGGUCCUCUAUCCAGGGAGAAAGAGAAAUUUUUGACUGACUACAACGAUUUGAAAGUCAAACUUAAUCGGGAGUAUGAGGAGCAGGCUGAGCAAAAGAGAAACUACCAACAGGAAAUUGAGACACUGCUUAAGACUACUUCUAAGAUUAAAGAGUAUUAUGAUUUGAAGAAAGGUGAUAAGUUAAAGGAACUGCAAGAAAAGAAAUCUUUAUCGGAAUCUCAACUUCGAAAUUGUGAUACUAGGAAGCAGGAGAUUUUGGCUGAGUUGAACAAAUGCAAAGACUUGAUGCGGAAUCAAGAUCAGCUAAGACGAAAUAUUGAGGACAAUUUGAAUUACAGGAAGACAAAAGCUGAAGUUGAUGAACUUGCUUCUGAGAUUGAAUCACUGGAAGAGAAAAUAUUGAAGAUUGGAGGUAUUUCGGCUGUUGAAUCUGAACUGGUGAAGAUCUCUCAAGAAAGGGAAAGACUUCUUUCGGAGUUAAACAGGAGCCACGGAACGAUGGCUGUUUAUCAGAGCAAUAUUUCAAAGAAUAAAAUUGAUCUUAAGCAGGCACAAUACAAAGACAUUGAUAAGCGAUACUUUGAUCAGCUAAUCCAACUUAAGACAACAGAGAUGGCAAACAAGGACCUGGACAGAUACUACAAUGCACUGGACAAAGCACUCAUGCGCUUCCACACAAUGAAAAUGGAGGAAAUAAAUAAAAUUAUUAGAGAACUGUGGCAGCAAACGUACAGAGGGCAAGACAUAGACUACAUUAGCAUUCAUUCAGAUUCUGAAGGUGCUGGGACUCGUUCGUAUAGCUACAGGGUUCUCAUGCAGACUGGUGAUGCAGAGCUAGAAAUGAGAGGAAGAUGUAGUGCUGGUCAAAAGGUCCUUGCUUCCCUUAUCAUACGAUUAGCAUUAGCUGAGACUUUUUGCCUGAAUUGCGGAAUACUAGCCUUGGAUGAACCAACCACAAACUUGGAUGGUCAAAAUGCUGAAAGUCUUGCAGCAGCUCUCCUUAGAAUUGUGGAGGACAGAAAAGGCCAGGAGAACUUUCAACUUAUAGUAAUUACUCACGAUGAGCGUUUCGCUCAACUAAUUGGUCAACGCCAGCAUGCAGAAAAAUAUUAUCGGGUUGCUAAAGAUGAUCAUCAGCAUAGUAUAAUUGAAGCCCAGGAGAUAUUUGAUUGA